ACCUGCAUUUGUGACGUCACACAUGAAGCUUUGUUAAUGCGGCGUUAAUUUUUUAAUUGUAUUGUAAAAGAAAUUAGUUUUGGCAAUUAAUUUCGACAACAAAAUUAAUUUAAUAUGAAUUGAUGGCAUACAAUGGUGUGGUGAUUACUAUCUUCGUUUAUCCAGAUCUACAAUCAAGUUUUUUGUGUUUACGUCACUUGAAGUAAACUGCGCAAAAGAAAAAAACAAAAACAAGUUUUUCAGAAGUACCUUGAACUGUAUUUGCAAGACAAAAUUUGGGGACUUAAAUUCACUAUAAAUUGCGAUGGCUGCAAUAGUUAGUGAAUCAUCAGGAGUUAAUGGCAAUAAAAGGAGCAAAACGAAUGAUCUAAACCGACCCAAUGCUGUAGCAUUACAAAGUCUAGCAGAGCUUGCUCACAGAGAGUACCAAGCUGGUGAUUACGAAAAUGCUGAACAUCACUGCAUGCAGUUAUGGCGGCAAGAUUCCAGCAAUACUGGUGUUCUGUUGCUCUUGAGUUCCAUACACUUUCAGUGUCGAAGGCAUGACAAAUCUGCUCAUUUUAGUUCAUUAGCCAUAAAGCAGAAUCCUAUGUUGGCGGAAGCUUAUUCAAAUCUGGGAAAUGUAUACAAAGAAAGAGGACAAUUACAGGAAGCUUUAGAUAACUACAGACAUGCUGUGCGCUUGAAGCCAGAUUUCAUUGAUGGUUACAUCAAUUUAGCAGCAGCAUUAGUUGCUGCUGGCGACAUGGAGCAAGCUGUUCAAGCUUACGUAUCUGCUCUGCAGUACAAUCCUGAUUUAUAUUGUGUUAGGAGUGAUUUAGGUAAUCUUUUAAAAGCACUAGGAAGAUUAGAUGAAGCCAAGGCUUGUUAUUUGAAAGCAAUUGAGACAUGUCCCACGUUUGCUGUUGCUUGGAGUAAUCUUGGAUGUGUUUUCAAUGCCCAGGGAGAAAUUUGGCUGGCCAUUCAUCACUUUGAGAAGGCAGUGGCAUUAGAUCCAAAUUUUCUUGAUGCUUACAUCAAUUUGGGAAAUGUUCUUAAAGAAGCAAGGAUUUUUGACAGAGCUGUUGCUGCAUACUUACGAGCUUUGAAUCUAAAUCCCAGCAAUGCAGUAGUUCAUGGAAAUUUAGCAUGUGUGUAUUACGAACAAGGUCUCAUAGACUUAGCUAUCGACACCUAUCGUAGAGCGAUUGAAUUACAGCCCAAUUUUCCCGAUGCUUACUGUAAUCUUGCAAAUGCACUAAAGGAAAAAGGUCUUGUCCCUGAAGCUGAAGAUUGUUACAAUACUGCUCUUCGUUUAUGUCCAACUCAUGCUGAUUCUCUUAAUAAUCUGGCGAAUAUUAAAAGGGAACAAGGUUACAUAGAAGAAGCUACACGACUGUACUUAAAGGCAUUGGAGGUGUUUCCUGAAUUUGCUGCAGCACAUUCGAAUUUAGCCAGUGUUCUACAACAACAAGGAAAAUUAAAUGAAGCACUAAUGCAUUAUAAAGAAGCUAUAAGAAUUUCACCAACUUUUGCUGAUGCAUAUUCUAAUAUGGGAAAUACCUUGAAGGAAAUGGGUGAUAUUCCUGCUGCAAUGCAGUGUUAUUCUAGAGCUAUACAAAUUAAUCCUGCUUUUGCUGAUGCUCAUAGCAACUUAGCUUCAAUUCAUAAGGAUUCAGGAAAUAUACCAGAAGCUAUAACUUCCUAUAGAACUGCCCUGAAGUUGAAACCUGAUUUUCCUGAUGCAUAUUGCAAUCUUGCUCAUUGCUUACAGAUUGUUUGUGAUUGGACCGACUAUGAACUUCGCAUGAAAAAAUUAGUGUCGAUAGUUGCUGACCAACUAGAUAAGAACAGAUUACCCUCUGUUCAUCCACAUCACAGCAUGCUCUAUCCUCUUUCACAUGAUUUUCGAAAAGCUAUUGCUGCUCGUCAUGCUAACUUAUGUCUGGAAAAGAUUCAAGUACUACACAAGCCUCCAUAUCAACAUUCUCGGGAGCUGAAAAACAAAAUUCUAAGAAUAGGCUAUGUUAGCUCCGAUUUCGGAAAUCACCCCACUUCUCAUCUUAUGCAAAGCGUUCCUGGUAUGCACAACAAAGAUAAAGUUGAGAUUUAUUGUUAUGCUCUCAGUCCUGAUGACGGAACUACAUUUCGAUCAAAAAUUUCUCAAGAAGCUCACCACUUUGUUGAUCUGUCUCAGACUCCUUGCAAUGGAAAAGCUGCUGAUCUCAUACAUGAACAGGGUAUUCACAUUUUAGUUAAUAUGAAUGGCUAUACUAAAGGUGCUAGGAAUGAAAUUUUUGCAUUGAGACCAGCACCUAUUCAAGUUAUGUGGUUAGGUUACCCUGGUACUAGUGGGGCACAGUUCAUGGAUUAUAUUAUAACAGACAAAAUCACUUCACCAUUGAAACUAGCUCAUCAAUAUUCUGAAAAACUGGCAUAUAUGCCAGAUACCUUUUUUGUAGGAGAUCACAGGCAAAUGUUUCCUCAUUUAAUUGAAAGAGCAAUCAUUGAUGAUAAAGAGUCGAGAGGCAAAAAAUCUGAUGUUCCUGAUAAUGUCAGUAUUGUCAAUGCAACAGACUUGUCACCCAUAAUUGAAAAAGCUGAAGUAAAGAAAAUUCGUGAAGUAGCUGUCACAACAUCACUUGCUAAUGAAGAAGAACUAAAAGUAGAAGUGGUCAAAACAGUUAUUGAACUUCCAGCUACUCCUGUACAAGUUAUGAUAAGCUCUGGACAAGUACAGACCUCAGUAAAUGGAAUAGUUGUGCAAAAUGGUUUAGCAACAAAUCAGAUCAAUAAUAAAGCUGCAACUGGCGAAGAAGCCCCAAAAAAUAUAUUGAUUACAUCAAGACAACAGUACGGUUUACCUGAAGAUGCUAUUGUUUAUUGCAACUUUAAUCAACUAUAUAAAAUAGAUCCAUUAACAUUACAAGUCUGGGUAAAUAUAUUAAAACGAGUCCCUAACAGUGUGCUAUGGCUACUGAGAUUUCCUGCUGUUGGUGAGCCUAACAUAAUCCAAUCUGCAACGCAACUUGGAUUGUCACCAAGUCAGCUUAUAUUCUCCAAUGUAGCAACUAAAGAAGAACAUGUUCGGCGUGGCCAGCUAGCUGAUCUUUGUUUAGAUACUCCGCUAUGCAAUGGGCACACAACUGGGAUGGAUGUUUUGUGGGCAGGAACACCAAUGGUUACAUUAGCUGGUGAGACAUUAGCUUCGAGAGUAGCAUCAUCGCAGUUGACUUGCUUAGGGGUACCUGAACUCAUUGCUAGAACUCGCCAAGAGUAUGAAGAUGUUGCUGUAAGGCUUGGGACUGAUAAGGAAUAUUUAAAGGCAAUUCGAGCAAAAGUUUGGACGGCUCGAACAGAAAGUCCACUAUUCAAUGUCAAAACAUAUGCAACAAACUUAGAAAGACUCUUUUAUUGUAUGUGGGCUAAAUAUGAGAAAGGAGAAAAGCCUGAUCACAUAACCGAGUUAUCAUGAACUGUGCCACCAACAGAAUAUGUUCUUGCAUAUAUCCUUUUCCUUUCUUUUUUUAAUUUAAAUCUGUAUAAAUUUCGUGUGACUGGUAGAAUGAAAUCUGCUGCCGCGUUCCUUGAAGUAAUUUAAAUUUCCUGCCUGCAUCAUCAAGAAUGUGUUCAACUGUUUAUAAUCAUCAAUCAUAUUUCGUAGUAUUUUUUAAUCUCUAUUGCUGAUUCAAGACGAAAUCCUGACUGGACAUUUUAUUUUGUAUGUUUCUUUGAUUAAAUGAAGUAUUAAACAC